AUGUUUUGGGUCUUGGUGGAAGGAGGCCUGGAUGUGAAAUCGCAGGAAUCGUUGCUUUUAAAAUCUCUGGGGUUCAGGGCCAAGCCGAGUCCCAAAUCUCCUGGCCCGGUUCCUCCGCUACUGUGGAAAAUGUUCCAAAAGAGAACCAACCCUGGGCCUUCUGCUAAAGAGUCCAAGGGACGGUGCUGGGUCGAAGAAUUUAAUGUACCUGGAAAUAUUGUUCGUGUCUUCCCGGAUCAAGGUGGCGAUAUUCAUGGAGAGGAGACCCAGAGCUGGUUAUGUCUCCAAAAGCGGCUGUAUUUUAACCUCUCCGCCCUGGACGAAGAAGAAGUGCCGACGAUGGCCCAACUGGAGAUCAAAUUCAGCCACAAUCUGUACCAGGCCUCAGGCCCAGCUCGCCCCUACGUUCUGAGCCUCUACAGAGCACCCCAGAUAGCCUUGCGGGGGGUGUCCGGCCACGGGUCCGGCCGCCAGGUCUUGGUGGAACAACCCUUCACCCACUUCCACGAGUCCUUCCUCUUCGAGGUGACGGAGUUGGCUAACGAGUGGCGGGGCCCCGACGGGAAUCCUGGCCUGAUCCUGGAGAUCAGCGCCCCAGCUUCGCCCAACGGGACCCUCUGCUCCGGCUCCUUCCUUGAGACCUCCCUGCUGGUGGUCUCCCUCGUCCCGGGACAGUGCAAAAGCACCCGGCCGAAGCGCAGCCCCUACUUCGUGCCCGAAGCCGUCAGCAACGUCUGCAAGCCGCGUCAACUCUACAUCAGCUUCAGCGACGUGGGUUGGGAGAACUGGAUCAUCGCCCCUCAAGGAUACAUGGCCAACUAUUGCUUGGGGGAAUGCCCUUUCCCUCUGACGGUAGAGCUCAACAGCACCAACCACGCCGUCCUGCAAACCAUCGUGCACUCCCUCGACCCCGAGGGGACGCCGCAGCCCUGCUGCGUCCCCGUGCGCCUCUCGCCCAUUUCCAUCUUGUAUUACGACAACAACGACAACGUGGUGCUGCGGCAUUACGAGGACAUGGUGGUGGACGAGUGCGGCUGCCGGUGA